UGGUGCGACCCGUUCCAGGCGACGUCAUUGCCUGCAGCUCUGUGUUUUAGUGGCCACGGUUUCCUCUUAAAAACAGUCCCGAAUGGCUUUUCAGUGUCAGCGAGACUGUUAUAUGAAAGAGUUCAGCACUUCAGUCGUUUCCUGCUGCCCUGCGGAACUAAAACAAGAUGUGGACGGAAAGAAAGAAAUUGUCAAAGGUUUUAAUGUUAAGCUCCAAGAUACGAUCUUAUUUCCUGAAGGGGGAGGUCAGCCAGAUGACCAUGGACUGAUUGCAGAGGUUCCUGUUUUGAGGGUAACAAGACAAGGACCAGAUGCUUUACACUUUGUGACCUUACCUCUGGAGGUGGGUCAAGAGGUGCACGUGAAGGUGGACUGGGAGAGGAGGUUUGAUCAUAUGCAGCAACACUCGGGUCAGCAUUUGAUCACAGCUCUGGCAGACACAAUGUUUGGAUACAAGACCACUUCCUGGGAUUUGGCUUGUCAGAGAAGCACGAUUGAGCUGGACACUCAUUCUGUACAACCAGCUCAGCUUCAGGCACUGGAAGAAGCUGUAAAUGAGAAGAUCAGAGCUCACGUUCCCGUUAAUGUUAAACUCCUUUCUUUAGAUGAUCCAGCUGUGGAAAAGGUGAGGAGUCGCGGACUGCCAGAUGACCAUGCAGGACCGAUUCGGAUCAUUGAUAUAGAAGGCGUUGAUGCUAACAUGUGUUGUGGCACACACGUGUCUAACCUCAGCCACUUACAGGUUAUUAAACUGCUUGGGACUGAGAAAGGAAAGAAAAACAAAACCAACUUGAUCUUCCUGGCAGGAAGCCGAGUACUGAAAUACGCAGAGAAGAGCUACAGCACGGAGCGUUCUCUGGUGUCUCUUCUAAAGACGGGAGCAGACGAGCAUGUCAAGGCCGUUGACAAGUUGCAGAAGUCUGUUAAGCUGCUACAGAAGGCUAAUCUGAGCCUGCUUCGUGAUAUGGCCGUCCUGGUUGCUCAGAACUUUAAGAACGAUCCUCAGAGUGGGAGCUUCUUCAGUUUACACAAAAAAGAGGGUGAUAAUGAGUUCAUGAAUAUCAUUGCCAAUGAAAUCAACACAGAGGAAACUUUGGUUUUCCUGACUGUUGGAGAGGAAAAGGGACCUGGUUUGUUUCUCCUGGCUGGACCCAGUGGACCGGUGUCUGAAUUGGGGCCACGGGUUUUAGAUCUGCUUGAAGGGAAGGGAGUGGGGAAGAACGGGCGUUUCCAGGGCAAAGCCAACAGCCUGGCACGGAGAGGAGAGGUGGAGGAUUUCCUGAGACAGCACUGCAAACAUCACAGCUCCGAGGAAGAAUAAACCCAGUAACCUUUCAGUAGAAGUUGUUUUAUCUG